AUGCUGCGCUCGCGAUUCUGGCGGCCCUGGCGGCCCUCGCGCGAGCUCCCGCCGGCGCCGCCCUCCUCGCCGCCUCUUCCCGCCCUCUUCGCCGCGGCGCUGCCGACGCUGCUGCUUGGCCUGCUGCUGCUGCUGCUGCUCCGCCGCCGCCGGCCGAGCACCGCCGCCUCGGCCGCCGUCGCCGCGCUCGACGAGGCGGCCGUGCACGCGGCUCGCGCCGAGGCGGAGGCGCACGGGUGGGCUCUCUCGCGGGAGUGCGACGCCGGCACUGAUGCGCACCUCCAGGUCUACACGCGCGUAGUGCGGGAGCGGCCGGGCGAGGCUGGCCGCGCCGCCGCCGACUCUUGCGAGUACGAGAUCCGGCUGGUCGCCGAGGCGCCUCACGGCGCGGCCGAGGUCUUUGCGCUCUUCGCAGAGGCGGACCUGCUGCCGUCCUGGAACCCGCUCGCCGCAGAGGGCGGCUUCCUCGACCUGCAGACGAGGGGAGGCGCCGACGGCGUGCUCUCGGCGAAGGCGCUCUGCCGGCUGCGCAUGCCGCCGCUGCCGUCGCUGCUGCUCCACUACUCGGUCGUUGUCGAGGACCGAUUCGCCGACGCCGCCGAGGGCUGCCUGUACGCACGCGCGGCGUCGGAGCACGCCGACACGGGCGCGGCGCUGCCCGCCUGGGCGCGCAAGGUGCGCAAGCUGCCGUUCGGGGGCGCCGAGUGCCGCUUCACGCCGCUGCCGCCGCGGAACGAGGGCGGCGCGCGCACGCGGCUCGACGUGCGCAUCACGCUCGACCUGGCGUCCUUCCCGGCGAAGCGCUUCUCGCCGAAGCGGCUGCUCGACACGGCGCUCUACUACGCCACCCCGUGGGCGUGGAAGGCCGCGCGGCUGGUGCUCGAGCGGCUGCUGCGCGGCGGCUCCCCCAUCAGCAAGCGGCUCGCCGAGGACGACGCCGCCGUGUACCGGCUCGUGCGCGAGGCCACCCGUCAGCCGCCGCCGCAGUGGCUCGCGCCAAUCCUCGAGGCGGAGGCGGCGGGCACGCCGCCGCCCGCCGCGCCGCCGCGCCGCUUCUACGGCCACCCCACCACUCGCCGCGUCGACCGCUGCGUCGCGCUGCCCGUGCCGCGCGGCGGCGGCAAGGCGGGCGGCCGCGCCGGGCAGCCGCGCUCUAGCACUCUAUUGUGA